AUGGUGGAAAAACAUACUAUUGGUAUUUUUGGUCCUUAUGCUGUCGGAAAAACAAGUGUUUCAGUACAAUUUGUGGAAAAUAAGUAUACGGAAACUCAUGAUCCUACAAUAGAGGAUUACUUUGAAAUAACAAAGAAUAUUAGAGGAAUAACAUCUAACAUUACAAUAUUGGAUACAGCUGGACAGGAAAGCUAUCAAAGUUUAUUAUCGGAUGCCAUGAGUGAAGCCGAAGGAUUUAUUUUGGUAUAUAGUGUUGUGGAUAGAGAAUCUUUUGAAAAAGUUCAAAAAUUGAGAGAAAAAGUAACAAUGGUACAAAGUGCAACUGUGCCAGUUAUUCUUGUUGGAAACAAAGCUGAUUUAGAAGAUGAACGUCAAGUUUCUACUAGUGAAGCAGAGCAACUUGCGCAUGGAGUUGGAUGUCCCUUCAUUGAAGCAUCAGCAAAAACUGGACUAAAUAUUGAGAAAAUAUUUGAGUUGAUUGUUUGUCAAGUUAGAAAAUCAAAAGGUCUAAAAAUUUCACUAGAUGGAAAUAAUGACGAUUUACCAAACAUAAUCUCUCAAACAACAACAAAUGAUAACUCAUUACAUGUUUCCAAUGAACCCUCAACACCAACUUCCCCUAAUCAAAAAAAAACAAGGAAAAAUUCAAACAGUAAAGAUACAAAUCUUAAUUCCCCAAACAAUAAGAGAAAGGAUUGUGAUAUUCAAUAA